CAAAGUCUCUCAUUCAAUGGUUUAGUAGUAAUUGCAGGAAGGCCUGCAAUAUUCGUGCUCUGAUAGCGGUCAUAAUCCACUGCAGUCUGAGAAGGAACUGCCUCUAAGUCGUUAACAACAGCCCAAAACUUCAGUUACAUUUGAGCCCAAAUAUAACAAAGAUCCGACAACUUUGUCCUUGCAGCAAUUGGGCCUACCUUCAGAUAAAUAUCAGAAGAACGGAAGAGAAUAAUUGACCGGUUAACGGUCUUUCCUGGUCAUGAAAUAUCAAUCUAAAUGAACGCAGAGCAGAAGAAAACAGAAGAAAAACGGAUUUGUUUUUGGGCAAUUUUGCUGUGAAAAUUGUCCCAAAAGUAAAGACUUUUGUUUUUAAUUUGGAACCAAACGAUCUGGUCCGAAGGGAAAAAAAUGGAGAAGGUGAUGAAUAUGAUAAAGCCAAAACCAAAUCCACAACAGCAAUUAAGAGAUUGGCAGCAUAAGCUCCGUCAGGAAUGCCGCAACAUCGAGCGCCAAAUCAGAGAUAUUCAGAGAGAAGAGAGAAACGUACAAAAAGCUAUUAGGGAUGCUGCCAAGAGAAAUGACAUGGUUUCUGCUAAGGCACUUGCCAAAGAAAUUGUUAGAUCAAGGAGGACAGUCAAUCGUCUACAUGAAAAUAAGGCACAAAUGAAUUCAAUAUCAAUGCACCUUGGGGAAAGUGUAGCGAUUGCCCGUACAGUUGGGCAUUUGUCCAAGAGUGCUGAGGUUAUGAAGCUUGUUAAUAACCUCAUGAAGGCUCCAGAAGUGGCUGUCACAAUGCAAGAGUUCAGCAAAGAGAUGACUAAGGCAGGGGUUAUUGAGGAGUUUGUCAAUGAUGCUCUUGACGACGCACUGGACUCUGAGGAUAUAGAAGAGGAGACAGAAGAAGAAGUUGACAAGGUCUUGACAGCAAUUGCCGGUGAGACUGCUGCACAGCUUCCAGAAGCAGUCAGGAAGGAGAAGAUGAAGCAGCCAGCUCAGGCAGCACCACAGGAGGAAGAAGCUAUAGCCGAAGGAGUUGAUGAUGAGGAAGAACUAGAAGAAAUAAGAGCUCGACUUGCAAAAGUUAGGUCAUAAGUCAAGCUUUUAGCCUUGCCCAUUCUCCUUGCUUAAUGUAGAAUUCGUGAUCAUGCUGACUAGUGAGCCGCCUCUGGGUUUGAUUGCAAUUACUGGUGUCAGAACCCGAAUUUAACACUUAAGGAAAGCAACCUUAUGUGUAAUGUAUUACAAACAGGGUAUCUGUAAAUCAGUACAUUGUUGCUAUCGAGUUAUUUCUAUGGGCAAGAUCUGUAUUAAACCAGGAGAAUUGAUGUGUUGAAACUCUUUUUAUAUUCUCUACCUUGUACUUUAAUCCAGUUGUUCUGUAAAACGACGACUCAAUUCGAGCUAAUCACCAAAAUGAAGUACGCUUGGCGAUUUGGCAAAGGAUGAGUCAUGUCAUGUGAGAGUAACUUCAAAGAAAGGACCUCAACCAAUUCCAGAAUUCCCAAGCCUUCGAACCAACUAUAGCUUUGCUGAAAAUGGGCGGCUAACUUGUUUUAGAGGACCGAGGGUGUUCUCUGAUAUUCCACAUUGUGAUGGGCUAAAAACCCUGCAAUCCGCAAAAUUUCAGGGGAUUGCCAGAAACUUUAGGCUAUAAAUUGGGCUCAUAUUUGUCCAAAUGUCUUGAAAUUUCCACAUGCAAGAUUAUAGACCAACCUAAAGUCCGAGGGGGUUCAGCUUUUGUCUAGUGUAACUCAAUUAAUAAUCUCAAAAUGAAGAACA